AUGGCAAAAGAUAACUUAACUCAGUUGUUAUCUCAAUUGGAUGUUCAGUCUUCCAAAGAUGAACAUAAUAAAGUUGAAGAAACAUGCUUGAAAUUAUUGCAGAAUGGUUGUUCUAAUCCUGGUGAAGUUUUAAGACAAUAUAUGGUUGCUCUUAUUAAACAAGAUUCUUAUCCAAAAACUUUAGAAGUUUUAAGCAAAUAUAAACAUAUUGAUGAAAAGUUUGGUAAAUCAUUAAUCAUUGAAAAAUUAUACGUUUACUACAAACUGAAUAUGGUUAAGAAAUUUGAUCAAUUGUAUUACUCUGUGUUCCCAAAGGAUACCGACUUGAAUCAGUUGAAAAAUAUUAAUAAGAAUUUGACAAAAAGAGGUAUACUACAUGUUAGGGCUCAAUUUUGCUACAAAAAUGGCUAUUAUCCCGAGGCUUAUGAAAUUUACCAAUUUUUAAGUCAAAAUAACCAAUUGCAUAUAGAUAGUGAGAUUGAAUUAGCUUGCAACGAAAGAGUUCCGCUAACUGCUGCGCCAGAACUAAAUAAUAUUAAGCCGAUUAUUUCUGCAUCUGAUGAACACUCAUAUGAUUUAUUGUUUAACGAUUCGUUCUUAUUGGUUGCUAAUGGUGAAUACGAUGAAGCAAUUCAAUUCUUGACCAAAGCUUUAGAAGGAGCAAAAGAAGAAAACUUCCAAAAUGAUAUCGAUACCAUUGAAGUGCAAUUAGCUUAUGUAUACCAAUUAUCUGGUGAUAAAAAUACUUCAAAAACUUUACUGAGUAAAUUAUUAGAAAGAUUGGAUAAAUCAUCUCCUCUUUACUUGGUUGCCAACUUGAACUACAGGUCUUUCAGUGAUUUAUCUAAAUAUCAUGACAAUAUUAAUAUGAUUUUAAGAGAAAUAAAUGUUGAAAAAUUAAAUUCCUUGAAUUUACAGCAAUUCACAUUCCAACAAUGGUCAAUGAUUCAGAAAAAUUGUUUAUUUUUAAAUUUGUUCAAUGAUAACACCAUACAAUCUAAAAAUUCAUUGAUUUCACGUACUUUAAGUAAAUAUCAAUCAUUAAUCAAUGGUGUCGCUCACGAAUCAUAUAAAACACAAGCUAAAAAGCUUUAUCACAACACUAUUUCCAGCAUAUCUAGUGGAGUUGACGGUAGUGUUAUUGGUCAAAUUAUACUAACCAUUCAAUUACAACUUAUUGAAAAAAAUUAUGACAAUGCAAUUAGAUUAGGAGAAUUAUUUUUAAAUAAGUCAUGGGAAAACAGUACUACUUUAAAGGACGCUGACUAUCUGGUUUGUUACAUAUUAUUCGAAUUAUAUACUACAAUUGGUAGAAGUAGCUCGAAAUCUCAGUUGUUGCAAAAACUUAAAUCAUUGACAGAAACUGAUAUCACACAUAAUUUAACCUUUUGGAAACAUGUUGGUUUUCAAUAUUUAUCUUUAAACAAAUCCAAUGAAGCUAUUAAACUAUUCAAACAAAUAUUAAACGAAGAUCGUUCCAAAGUAGAAACGGAAUAUAAUGAUUUAAUCAUAUCCAUUUUAUCUAACGAUGACUUUGACAAACGUAAAGGUAUUGCUUUAGUUGAAGAUUUAGAUGUUGAGAAAAUAAUCAAUGACGGAGUCAAACCACUAGAAGCGUCAUUCAAAAGAAACAAAAUAACAAAACCAAAUAAAUUGAGAAUGAAACUUCUAGAGAAUAAAAAAUCAAAGAAGGCUAAAAAGUUAGCAAUUUUCUUAAAAGAUCGUGACUUGACCGUUUUACCAGAUAGUGAAAGAUGGAUCCCACUGAAAGAUAGAUCAAACUAUAAAGCUAAGAAGAAACAAGGUGCCAAGCAAACACAAGGUGGUGUUAUGAACAAGAAAGCUGAACAAGCCCUUGAUAUCACGAAGAAGAAAGCUCCAGAUAAUAAGAACAAAAACAAGAAAACCAAAAAGAAAGGCCGUAAAUAA